CGCGCCUGAUGUCGGCCCGCUCGAAUGGACGACGGCGAGAGGGCGACAGGACGGGAGAAAGAAAAGGCGCCAAUUGUCGGUGAAGAGAGCGUACAGACGAUGGAGGGAGGAACUCAGUUUUCGGCGUCCCAGGAUCGGACCCCCACGGAACUCCAGGACCAACUCCUCAAGGAGGCGCGAGAUCUGGCCAAGCGUUCGGCGCUGUAUCAGAGCUGCCUGCCCCCACCACUGAUGGCGGAGUCGGCUGUCUCGUCAUCGGCAGAGGAACUGGUCCUCGAGGAGUGCAACCAGGCCUGGAGGGAGCUGGGUGAGUUUCAGGACAAGCUGACACUGUGCGACCCGAGGCCGGAGGUUCAGGACUCGGAGAACCCGCUGGCCGUGCUGUUUGCUCGAGAGAGGGUUCUGCUGGCGGAGUUGAACGUUCAAAAGAACAGACACCCCAAGCCCCUGCCCGUCAACAAGGAAGUGCUCACCUGCUUGGGAAAGCUAGAGUUGCAGUCGACUGGUCAGCAGCUGGAAAUGAUUCUGUCCUGUGUUCGUGCCCGUAAGAAGUCCUUGCAAGAGCGCUUGGAGAGGGAGCAGAAGUGGCUGGAAGAGCAGCAGGAGAUUGUGAAGUCGCUGCAGGAUCGAGAUGAGGAACGUCAAACUGUCUUCCACAGUCUGUCGGAGAACAGUGCCUUGCAGAAGAUGAGGAGAGACCUGGAGAGACUGACUGUGCUGAAGGAGAGGCUGCUGAACGCCCUGGGCAGCUUCCUGGACGCGCACUACCCUCCCCCCAGCGUGGCAGAGGCCGGCGGCAAAAAGAAGAGACUCGCCCAUACCGGGAGCGUUUCGAACCUCAUCACCUUCCAUGAAAUGCUCGAGCGCCUGAUGACCCAGACGAUGAGAAGCCCCCAUGACCCCUACCUGGAACUGGACGAGACGUACUGGCCCCCGUAUGUGGAGGCGCUCCUGCGUUAUGGGGUGGCUCUGCGACACCCACAGGACCCCCACCGCAUUCGCCUGGAGGAUUUCUGCGAGUAGCCGAGGAACGAAGGAGAUUCCCGCAUCUCCUCUGCACCCACCACAUUUCCCCCUCCUCCCGCGCCCGUUGGGAGCAAAUGAGCCUGGGGGCUUGACUGGGAACUUGGGAGGUGUCCCCACACAAUGAUCUGUCCCAAUCUGUGCUUGGGAGGGGAGUGUUGCUUGUCUGUGCCCAUGCAGAGUGAGUGUCUGUGUCUGUGUGGGGGGGGGGUCACGCGUCUGUGUGUGUGUAAGAGGAGGGGACUGUUCAGUGUGUGUGAGAAAGAGAGACACUGAGUGUGUGAGAGAGAGAGGGGCACCUCUGUGUGUGUGUGUGUGUGUGUGUGUGUGUGUGUGUGUGUGUGUGUGUGUGCGCGCGCGCGCGCAAGGGGGGGUACUGUUCAGUGUGUGUGAGAGAGAUCUUGUGAGUGUGAGAGAGAGAGAGGUGGGGGGGAAGCCGUAAGCAUGAGGGAGGAAGUUGUACGUUGUGUGUGUGUGUGUAUGUGUGGGGGUGGGUGAGAUGAGGGGAGAGAAAGGGUGAUUUCCCUGUGUGUGUGGAAUCAAUUACAAAUACAUUCAGAGCAUAGGUUUGGCUGUCACUGUUUCAGUUUGAUUUAACUGUGUGGUUUGAUUCAACAUUAAUGAGGUGACCACCUCACUGAGGGUUUGGAGUCUGUUAAUAUGGAGGUACAAUUGUUUUCUUGUAUACUGGUUUUGUAAAUAAAAUGUG